AUGCUCGCGUCCAAGCGAUCCAUGAUGCGGAGCCUGCAGGGCACCGCGCAAGCGCGGCCAGCGGCAGCGCGCGCCGCCCCCCGCCGCACCGCGCUGCGUGUGCGGGCGCACGGAGCGGUCAGCGCCACGGAGCUGAAGAAGCAGGGCUUCAUCGGGGAGAUGCGGGCAGUUGCCAUGAAGCUUCACACGCGGGAUCAGGCGCCCAAGGAGGGCGGCCAGAAGGCGUCGCCGCGGCCGAUGCCCACGUGGCAGCCGACCCGCGAGGGCUACGUGCGCUUCCUGGCUGAGAGCCGCGCGGUGUACUCAGCCUUUGAGGACAUCAUCAGCAAGGCGGAGCGCCCGGAAUAUGAGCAGUUCCAGGGCACCGGGCUGGAGCGUGUGGCGGCGAUAGACAAGGACCUGGCGUGGUUCCAGGAGACCUACGGCAUCUCAGCCCCGCAGCUGCCCGCCGACAGCCCUGGCCUGGCCUAUGCCCAGAAGCUUUACGGCCUCGCGGUGUCUGACCCGCCCGCCUUCAUCUGCCACUACUACAAUUACUUCUUCGCACACACAGCCGGCGGCCGCAUGAUCGGGUCCAAGGUGUCGUCCAUGAUCCUGGACAACGCUGAGCUUGAGUUCUACAAGUAUGACGGGGACGUGGCGCCCCUGCUGGACGCGGUGCGCUCCAAGAUCAACGCCCUGUCUGAGAGCUGGACGCGCGAGCAGAAGGACCACUGCCUGCAGGAGACCGCUGACACCUUCAAGUACUCUGGCAGCCUCAUGCCCUUCAUCAUGGGGUCGGGGGGCCACUGA